AUGUCAAUUCCAGGUUUUGCUGGGUCUAUUGACCCUUCUCAGCCAGGAUCAGAGCUUCAGACUGUGGAAAUUAAAAUCCCCAGCCUUUCUGAGUGGCGCUUCGAGGUCCCUUUCAAAACUAUCAUGAUGCUCAAGGUGACUGAGGGAAUAGCAGAGAUCUUUGGCACAGAGCUCCCUUCGGGUGUCGAAGUUCGACUUACAGGAGUCAAGUAUUCUGUGUAUGCUCCCACACAAGGUUGCACGAUUCAGUACUCGUUGGCCCCCAAUAAGGAAAACAUCAACAUCUCCAAUGAAGAGUUCACCAUAAGCGAGUACUUGUCAGAAGAACUGGCCACGCCUCACUACCAGAAUCUCCAUUUUGCCCUUGAGCUUUUGAGGCAAGAGGCUGCUGCCGAUCAGACUAAGAAGGGACCGAAGGUGCUAAUCUUGGGUAAUAAACAAAGUGGAAAGACUGCAUUGGUGAAGACCUUAGUAUCGUAUGCUGUGAAGAUGGACAGGAUGCCGCUCUUAGUGAAUUUGAACCCUCAGGAUGGAGUAUUUUCGGUCCCGGGAUCUUUAACAGCGACGCCGAUAUCCGAUAAUUUGGACUUGGAAUGCGUAGGAGGAUGGGGUGGAUCGACCACGCUGGGAGCGACAUUCCACAAUCCAAAGCAGCCGCUUGUAAAGAAUUACGGGCACGAUUCGAUAGAAGAGAACUUAGAGCUCUUCAAGUACCAGGUAUCACAACUUGGGGUGGCUGCUCUUUCGAGAUUGCAUGAGGACCCUAUUGUCAGAACUAGCGGUAUCGUGAUUGAUACGCCAGCUUUGAACAUUAAAGAUGUCACUGUGAUUGAAAACAUCAUUUCCGACUUUGAGGUUGAUAUCAUCGUUGUGGUUGGAAACGAGAGGCUUACAGUUGACUUGAGAAGGAAGUUUCACCAUAGGAUCGAGAAGAACACACUCAACGUCAUAAAAAUCCCACCGUCAAGUGGAGUUGCUGAGGUUAAUGACGAAUUUAUAAGGAAAGUUCAGGAAGAUACUAUCAAGGAAUACUUCCAUGGGAAUUAUAAGUCAAGACUCUCCCCAUACAAGACCGAUGUCGAUCUCAAAAUCUUCCAGGUCUACAAGUCUGUUAAAUUGUCCGAUUUCAAUUCUCAAAUGGCUUUUCUUCCUUCAGGGGAUGACUACGAUCCAGAAGUGUCCGCUCCAGGCGAUGUGAAGAAGGAAGAGAGUUCCUUAGAUAAAUACUACACGAAGCUUGAAGAACCACUGAGUUCCAAUUUGGAGAAUUCGAUUGUUGCCAUUACAAAUGUGCCUAUCCCACCAACGACGGGUAAGCUCUCUCCUCGAGACUUGCUUAACACCACAAUUUUAGGCUACGCACAUGUGUCAAGGGUCGAUGACACUAAACAACGUAUGACGCUUUUAUUGCCGUUCCCCGGCCAGAUCCCACGGAACAUAAUCAUUGCAACUGGAAUCGGAUACACUGAGUAA